AUGGUCGUAUCCAAGUGGUCGGCCAAGUUGAGUCUAACGAGAACCUUUCUCAACCGUUGUCGAGAACUAGCUUCAUUCUGCCGAGAGCUAUUGCUAAGUAUUGCUGAGAUCCUAAAAAUUAGAUCCAGCGCCAUCAUAUCGCCUAAUACUUGCGGCCGAGGAUUCCCAGCCGUGAUCUCCUUAGAUACUUUCGAGGACUCCCAAAGGGUUCUCCAAGGCUGUUAUCGCCGAGUAAUCCUCUCUUCCGCCGAGAUCUCCGGCAGGUAUUGCCGAGAUCUCUCUCCUCCUGUCAUCACCCUUGCUAAGUACAUCUUUGUUAGUUAA